GAAAAAAAAAAACUUUCCCUCGCUUCUGUGCGGUCUCUUGGUGAGCCGAUGGUAGCCACCACUGUGUUUUGUUUUGGAGGAUUACAUUUUUAACGACUCUGAGCCGUGUCAGCAUGUCCUUGACGGAUCAGCAGUGGUGUCCCACAAGCGUCCAGGUAACGGUACUCCAAGCCAGGAGCCUUAGGAUAAAGGGGAAAAGUGGCACCAACGAUGCGUACGCGGUCAUACAAGUGGGCAAAGAGAAGUACCAGACUUCAGUGGUGGAGAAAUGCGUGGCUCCGGUGUGGAAGGAGGAGGCCUCUUUCGACCUCCCGCAGCUGAACCAGGGAGGAGGAGGCAGCACGCUGCACGUCCACGUCCUUCACCGGGCUCUGGUGGGCCCGGACAAACUGCUGGGACAGGCGGUCAUUAAUCUGUCACAGCUCAGUGAGGACAAAACACGCAACAAAACCGAAUGGUUUAAACUUCUUGAUAAGACUGGUAAGCCAGACAAAGACAGAGGAGAGGUGCUUCUGGAUAUCCAGUUCAUGAGAAACAACAUGACUGCCAGCAUGUUCGACCUUUCUGCUGCUGGCAAAUCUCGGUCUCGUCUGGGCAAGUUCAAGGACAAAGUUCGUGGCAAAAAAAAGGAGUCAGAUUCUGUGACCAGCGUGGCGCCGUCCUUCAGUCAGGUCCUGACGGACAGCGAGGAGGAGGGCAACGGGGAUGGUGAAGCGGUGACGGGCAAGGAUGGAAAACAUAAGAAAGACAAGAUUAAGUCUUUGUUUUCUCCAAAGUCUAACUUGCAGAAGAGCAUGUCUCAGUCUAUGUCUGUUCUGCCUGGGAAGAACUCCACACUCACCGGCAGCCAAUCAUCUGGUCUGAAUGUCGAUUCCUCAGAGGGUAAAAAGAAGUUUAAGUUCAUGAUACAUAAACGCUCAGGCAGCUCAGGCAGCAAGGAUUCAUCAUCUGGUCGUGAAAAACAGGUUUCUGUAGAACAGAGUAAUUUAUGCAUCAAUGGCAGUCACGUAUACUGUGAGGAGCCGCCAUCUCGGACUUCUCGCAUCAGCUCAAAUUUCAGUCUGGCCAGUUCAGGUCAUGGAUCAAUGGAGGAUGUCCCUGAAAACUCUCCACCACCUGAGCAACAAAAGGCAGCGAGGCAGUGUUCACCUUGGGAAGAGGAUGAGAAGGAGGAGGACACUCCUGAAGUUGAAAACGUUAAAGCGAAUGUGAGUGAAUCAAAAAGGACUAUAAUAGAGGAGGAGAGGAAAGAAGAGAAGGUUAAGAGGCAACAAGAGAGGCUUGAAAGUUUAGCUGAGGACAGAGAAAAACAAGAGGAAGAGGAGACAAGGAGUAAAGAAGAGGAAAAGAUUAGAAAUGAGGAGGAAAAGAGAAGACAAGAGCAAGAGGAAAGGGUUAGGAUGGAAGAAGAGCGUGAAAGAUUGGCAGAGGAAAAGAGACUACAAGUCCUAGAGAGAAGGAAAAUAGAGGAGGAAGAAAAGAAGAAAAGAGACGAAGAAGAAAGGAUUAGAAUUGAGGCAGAGAAGAAGAGGUUAGAAGAAGAGGAGAGGGUUAAGAUGGAAGAGAGAAGGCAAGAAGAGCAAAAACUGGCAGAGGAAAAGAGACUUGUGGAAGAGAUGAGGGCACAGGAAGAGAGGAGAAGGCAAGAAGAAGAGGCAAAAAUAGCAGAGGAAAAGAGACUGAAGGAAGUAGAGAGAAGGAAACUUGAGGAGGAAAGAAGAAAGCAAAGAGAUGAAGAGGAAAGGAUUCGAAUUGAGGAAGAGAAGAAGAGACUAGAAGAGGAGGAGAGGGUUAAGAUGGAGGAAAAGAGAAGGCAAGAGCAAAAACUGGCAGAGGAAAAGAGACUUGAGGAAGAGAAGAGGGCACAAGAAGAGAGGAGAAGGCUAGAAGAGGCAAAAAUAGCUGAGGAAGAAGAGAGGAUUAGAAAGGAAAAUGAGGAGAAGGAGGAAGAAAGGAAACGAAGAGAGGAGGAGGAGCUGCUGAGAAAACUAGAAGAAGAGCAAAAGAAAAAAAGGAUACAGUUGGAGCAGGAAAGGAAGCAGAGGGAGGAAGAAGAGAGGGUUAGGAAAGAGGAAGAGAAGAAAAGGCAAGAAGAGGAGGAACGGGCUAAGAAAGAAAGGGAAGAACAUGAGAGAUUAGAGGAGGAGAGGAAACAGAUUGAGGCAGAGGAGAAAAUUAGACAGCAAGAAAAGAUCAGGAUGGAAGAAGAGGAAAAAAGGAGACUAGAAGAACAAGAAAAUCAAAGAGCUGAAGAGGAAAGACUUAGGAAAGAGGAGGAGAAGAGACGGGAGGAUGAGGAGAGGCGAGAGAAGCGACCAGCUCCUCAGCCGCCAGUAAGGAAUCAAGCUGGCAAGCAGCCUCACAGGGAGCAGGAUGUGCCGGCACGACAUCUGGCACAAAUUAACAAGCAAAGCAAAGACAAAGAUGUCAAAACUGUCAGUGUUCCCCCACAGCGCUCGGUGCAAAUGAUCGCUCCGCUGUGUAGGUCUCCCACAGAUUCAAAGAACUCCCAGAGCCUGACGCAAAGCAAUAACGCUAAUGGAACAACAAACGAAGCCAAACACAGCAAACGUCCUGCGCCGUCCGUACCUCCUCCUGUGGGAGAAAAGCAGUCAUCAGAACCAAAAACGAGCUCUAAUCUAGGCGGCGCAGAGACCAAACAAGUUAAAGUUGUUUGUGGCUUAAAUCCUUUUGAGGAUGAUGAAGAUGAAAGUGAGCUCACAGCUCAAGAUGACACAGCAGUCUCUAGUAAUACUGGUUCAAUACACUGGCCUCCAGCUGUGUCACAAAGUGCAGAUAAAGAUGCUGCCUCUCAACCAAAAAUCAAAUCCUCAAAGACGGCACACGCUCCCCCACCUCCUGCAAAGAGUGACAUCAGCUCGAACACUUUAAUGAACACGGGCACGGAAAGAAGCCAUGCUACAGGUGAUCGAAGUGCAGCUGCGCCCGAUAACGAUGCACUCCAAGCAUGCGACCCGUAUUAUGAGUCCACAAGUCCUGGGCAUGUCCCAGUGAGUCCACUCCAAGAGUCCCAGUCCCUUAAAGUCGAGAAUAUAGUGGAGACAGGUGUGAAGAAAGACAGGGCCCCUACACCUUCACGCAGGCUUCAGCCGGUAAGACCUCUUAAUCCUCUCGAGCAGCAGGGUGCCUCAGUUGUUCAAGGGGAAAAUGAAAACAAAUCCACAGGAAUCCCCAGUGGACUUCAGGACAAAACAACGGUGGAUGACAGUGGGAUAAAAGGGCCCUACUCCCAGCUGACCCGGGAGGAACUGAUCUCUCUGAUCUUGAAACAGGAGAACCAGCUCUCGGAGAGAGAUCAUAAGAUAUCGGAGCUGGAGCAGUACAUUGAUAAUUUACUUGUGCGAGUCAUAGAAGAGAAGCCAAGUAUCCUCAUGUCCUUGACCGCUAUGAAGAAAUCUGCUUAGGUAGCUUUGCAGGCGUCACUGUAUUCUUGCUGCACUUAAUCAGACCUGUUUAUUCACAGCUCGUCCACAUUAGAAAUAUCACUUUAGAGAUGUAUUGGUUACGUUAAUGCAACUGGAAUACUUUUGCUGUAAAGUAUGGAGGAACACUUUAGAUUUCAAAUAUUUCAUCACCCAAUAAAAUUAAUGAUUUGAGGGAAAGAAAAUCUUUGAAAUCUUUGAAAUCUUUAGCUCUCUCAGCUAAAAGAUUCAGUUUGGAAAGACUUUGUAGUUUUUAGAUGAUCGAUAAAUUUAGACAUUUGUUUCAUGUGAGUUUAAAGGAUAUCUUGUAUAUAUUUGGUCAUGCCUUUCAUCUUUCUUCUGGAAAUAACUUUGAUAAAUGUGUAAUCCUGCCAGCAUACCAGACUUGUUGCAUUUCAUUGCAAAACUCCAGUUGAUUUCUCUCUGUAGAGCUUACUGUCAAGUUUACUGCUAAUUCCCAUGUGCACUUUAAGUAGCUCACACUAUUAACUGUUAAGACACUGAACACUGUACUGAGUAUUUUUACUGCUUAAAUAAAUUUGAAAAAUAAAAUAAAACCAUGAAUUAAUACAA